AUGGCCGCGUCGCUGCUGAGCCAGGUGCGGUGGCUCCUGGUGGAGCACCCAGCCGUGGCCUCGUUCCGCUGGCAGCCAGGCCGCACGGUCGGCGCGACCGCGUCCUUCGCGGCCGCCGUCAUCUGCGGCUACCUCGCCGCGGUGCUCGUCCUCCGCCGACUCGUCCUGCCCCGCCUCCCUCCGCUCCCUCAACCGGCGCUCCGCGCGGCCUCCGCCGCCCACAACGCGGUCCUGCUGGCGCUCUCCGCCGCCAUGACCGCCGGGUGCGCGCUCUCGACGGCCGCCACGGCGCCGGCGCCGCGGUUGGCGUGGCCCUUCUGCUUCCCGCCGCGGGGCGCCACGGAGGCGUCGGGCCCCGUCUUCUUCUGGGCGCACGUGUUCUACCUCUCCAAGGUGUACGAGCUGGGCGACACGCUGCUCAUCCUGCUGGCCCGCCGCCCGCUCACGCUGCUCCACGUCUACCACCACGCCGUCGUCGUCGCCAUGUGCUACCUCUGGCUCGCCACGCGCCAGUCCCUGAUGCCCAUCGCGCUCGUCACCAACGCCGGCGUGCACGUCGUCAUGUACUCCUACUACCUCUCCUGCAGCGUCGGGCUGCGCUGGCCCAACCGGUGGAAGCGCGCCGUCACGGAGCUGCAGAUCGUGCAGUUCCUCUUCAGCUUCGCGGCCUCCGUGGUGAUGCUGUGGCUCCACUUCACCGCUGGCGGCUGCGAGGGGAUGGCCGGCUGGGUGUUCAACGCCGUCUUCAACGCGUCGCUGCUCGCGCUCUUCCUCAACUUCCACGGCGCCGCCUACAAAGCCGCCAAGGCCAACAAGGGUAAAGCAGAAUGA